AUAGAUAUUCAGGUUCCUACAAAGUGAAACAAACUAGUUUCCAUGCCGGUGAAUGUGAUUGGUAGAAUCUACACUCGCCUUCUUCUUCCACGCUUCUGUGUGUCCAGCGAGUCAACCAUGCCGUCCAACUCAGUCCGAGUCGCAGCCGCUCAGAUGACUUCCAUCAACGACCUCGCUGCCAAUUUCGCCACUUGCUCACGUCUUGUCAAAGAAGCAGCAUCAGCUGGAGCAAAAUUGCUUUGCUUUCCUGAAGCUUUCUCUUAUGUUGGUGCCAAGGAUGGAGAUAGUGUUAGCAUUGCUGAACCUUUAAAUGGCCCACUCAUGAACAAAUAUUGCUCUUUGGCAAGAGAAUCCAGCAUUUGGUUGUCACUUGGAGGCUUUCAAGAAAAAGGAUCUGAUGAUGAACACUUGUGUAAUACUCACGUCGUGGUGGACGAUACCGGGGAAAUUAGAAGUUCUUAUAGAAAGAUACACUUGUUUGAUGUAGAUGUUCCUGGUGGAAGGGUAUAUAAAGAAAGUAGAUUUACAGAAGCAGGCAAAGAUGUUGUUGCAGUAGACAGUCCUAUUGGGCGAUUGGGCCUCACUGUUUGCUACGAUUUGAGAUUUCCAGAGAUUUACCAGUUGUUACGUUUCCAACAUGGAGCACAGGUAUUACUGGUUCCUUCAGCGUUCACUAAAGUGACUGGUGAAGCACAUUGGGAGAUUCUUCUUCGUGCUCGUGCAAUUGAGAAUCAAUGCUAUGUCAUAGCUGCUGCACAAGCUGGUAAACACAAUGAGAAAAGAGAGAGUUAUGGUGAUACAUUGAUUAUCGAUCCCUGGGGAACUGUUGUUGGCCGAUUACCAGAUCGAUUGUCCACUGGCAUUGUGGUAGCUGAUAUUGAUUUAUCAUUGGUUGAUUCUGUAAGGGAGAAGAUGCCAAUUGCUAAGCAAAGGAAGCCAAUUGACUUCUGGAAAGCUGCAUCAUUAUAGUUUUGGGGGCCAACUUCUGUUAAUUGGACCAGUUAAGGGUAUAUGCCUAUCAGCACCAUACCAAACUAGAAUAGAAUAGAGACAGAUAAAAUAGAAUAGUUAUAUUCAUGAUAAGGCUCAUAUAAACCCCUGGUUAUAUAUGUUGUCACAUUAUUGGUAUGAUCAAUUAUAUGUUCUUCUCAUAAAAACAAUGAAUGCUUUAUCUUGUAAAAAUGGUAUUGGGCUA